AAUCUCGCCGAUAUAACGAUAAUAAAACUGGAUUUCUCACCCUUCAGAGUUUCCUUACUUAUAGGACAGCCCAUGCAGAUUUGGAAUAGUUUUACAUUCUGGAUUUCUGCUCCUAAGUUCUUCCUACUUUUUGCCAUCACUAAAGCUGUGUCGUAGAAAUGGCUGGAGUCACCCCUACGCAAGACUCAUUCGGAACCUUGAAAGACGGCACGCUCAUUACAAGAUUUAAUUUCACCAAUUCAAAUCAUGUGACCAUCCGUGUGAUCGAUUUUGGCGCCACGAUAACUGAUAUUCUGGUUCCUGAUAAAAACGGGAAAGUCGAAGAUAUUAGUCUAGGUUUCGACACUGUACAGGAUUAUGAAUCCCAACACUCGUACAUCGGCGCUGCUCUCGGGCGCGUGACGGAAAGAAUAAAAGGCGCUAAUUUCAAACUUGACGGAACUGAAUACAAAGUUUCGGCCAAUGACAACAACACUCACCAGGUCCACGGCGGGACACUGGGUUUCGACAUGAAAAAGUUUGAAGCUUCGGUUGAUGGAGACACGGUCGUAAUGAAGUAUGUCAGCCCAGACGGAGAGGAAGGGUUCCCAGGGGAAGUAUCGGCGGUGUUUACUUUCCGGUUCACAGAAGACAACGAGCUCAUUCUAGGAUACUCCGCCACCACAACCAAACCGACACCGGUGAACCUGUCAAACCACGUGUAUUUUAACCUUGCCGGUCAUGGGGCCGGAAAUAUUGGUGACCAUAUUCUGACCGUGAACUCUGACCGUUACAUUCCACUAGACAAAGAAUUGAUACCAUUAGAGGACGGCAUUAUUUCCAACGUGAAAAACACGCCAUUUGACUUCACCACGCCUUCUCAGCUCAGGGUCCGGAUGAAGGACGUGUUAGUUUCCAACUACGUAUUUGAAGAGCACGGGAAAAGGAAGCACGUGGCAAGGUUGGAGCUUCCGUCCACCGGCCGGACGGUCGACUGCUAUACUACUGAACCUUGCAUGGAGACAUAUUUUUCCUGCGCGAUGAGAUCCAUGACGGGCAAACAGGGCGCCACCUAUGGCGCUUUUGAAAAUGGCGGCAUCUGCCUUAUUCCUAUGCAGUAUAGCAGUGCCCUAAACAUGCCUAAUUUUCCUGACAUGAUUCUACGACCAGGACAGACAUACACGCAGACAACUUCAUACAAAUUUGGAUUUUAGCUGCAGAUUCAUUACCGGGCACCUUGUGAAUGUACAUACUUUAUUCAUUGUCCUAAUUGUGGUUGACAUGCAGUAUUCUAUUUGUCUUUGUGAGUAAACAAACUGUUGUAAAUGUUAUUUACUGGAGUAGAAACCUUUAAAAACCAAUAGCCGAACUGAC